AGUUAAACAACGAAAAUGAAUUCCAAAGUCAAUUCGCUGGAGGAGAAAGUGAAACUGCCGCCAACGGAGACAAUAAGCCGUUGCUAUCAGCCGCAGCAGAGCAACCGUAAGGUCAUACGCAUCCUAACGGUAGCCGUCUAUGUGCUGUGCGUAUCGCUGGCGGCCAUCAUGCUAUCGCUCUAUUAUAUUUUCAUAUGGGAUCCGACCAUACGGCCCUUCGUCACCAAGGCCAAUCAGUGCGACAAAAUUGUGAUACCCGAAAAGAUUGCCAUACGCCUAUUAAACUCAUCGGAAGUCACCGCAGAGCAGUUCUACAAGCACAUCCUCGAACAGUAUCGCAUCCUGAACCACUUGCAAAUGCAGCGCCAGCAGUUCCUGCAGAAGCAGCAUCUGCAGCUGCAGCAGCUGGAGGCAAGCAAUCGCUUCCAGGAGGUGUUCGCCACGGCCACCAUCUAUCAGGCGCAUCAGCAGCCACGUGAUCCGCUCCAGAAGUCAAAGGCUCUACAGGCUGCCACGUCGUUAUCCUCCUCCUCCUCCUCCUCCUCCUCGUCCGCCUCCCUCUCAUUGGCCAACAAUAGUAGUGGCAGCAGCAGCAGCAGCAGCAGCGACCCGUUUCGCCUAGAGCCACCAGUGAUUGGGGACAGCUCGUCGCACCACCUGCCCCUCGUGCUGGACACUUCACCACCGGCAGAGGGCAACAUCCAGCAUGUGAAGCGGAAGACUCAUCGUGGCCAUUAUAAGCACCAUCGCAGUCGUGCCGGUGCCAAGAAGCUGGCGGAGCGAACCGGUGCCACUGCAACGGUCAGCAGCACAGCCAGCGAGCAGCCAACGGUGGCUGCACCACACGGCUACAUGGAUGCCCCACUCAAUCCGGCAGCCGGCACCAUUCUGCAGCAACCGCUGCAGCUCUACACAUCCAUGCCCAUACCGCUCAUCCUCAGUCCGAGCAAUGGGGAGAAGCGCCUGUCGCACCACAGCCACAGCCAUGCGCACGGCGAGCGGCGGGGCAUGGGCGGUGCACAGGCCAGACGACGCGCCACCACAGCCACCGUAUCGGGCUACGAUGCGCAGACCUACCUCAAUCCGUUCCUCACCGGUGAGCUCAUCUUCGAGAAGUAAGCAGCUGGCUGACCCACACUCGCACCCACACACACACACACACACGUACACACACCGACACAGACACACUCACACUCGCUGAGAGUUACACGUUGAACAUUUGGCCAAAGUUUAGCUAAAGAUACUUUACUUUAAGCAUCUGGCACCGGCACCGGAUGAGAUGGGAAUCGAGACUCGUACACUGUCAUAUCACACAGUUAUAGCCAGACUUUUACUACUACAACUACAACUACUUGCACUCUGGCAGAUGCAUCUGAUAUGACUAUAAAUAUAUACAU